UUUUUACUACUAGCUUAAUUAGUGGGAUCGAUGUAAAUUAGUCUGCAAGAUGAUGACGACGACACGAUCAGAGGCAUCAAGCCUGCCGCCAGCGCCGCACCACCAUCACCUGCACCGCAACAGACUAGUGGCUGUUAAGUUCACGAGAUAUGGAGGGUACUUGAUAAUCCUGGUAUGUUUCUAUUCCCUGGGUCGCCUCUCGUCAUCGUCGUCAUCAUCAUCACCAUCCUACUCCUCCAGCCGGGAAGCUGCACCGACGACGCCAAUUUCCUUGGCCGAGCCACUCCCUCCCCCUCCCAGAAUUCAUCGAGCAGAAGCAGGAGACGACGACCACAACCUGUUCUUAACCCGGUGUGGCAGCCCAGUAGCUUCAAACCACGUCCGCCAAACAAUUCUUGACCGGGUUUUCAACGGGUCUUCCCCCUGGCAAGACUUCCCCCCGGCGCACGUUGCACCCUUGCUCCGUCCGCGUAGGAUUAGAGGAUGGGGUUCGAAUGGGGCCGUCUUUGAGAAUCUCAUUCGGGAAGUGCGGCCGAGGGUAAUAAUCGAAGUCGGAACAUUUCUUGGUGCGUCGGCACUCCACAUGGUCAGCGUGGCUCGGAAUCUCGGGCUCCGCGACACCCAGAUAGUAUGCGUUGACGACUUCCGUGGCUGGCCGGGGUUUCAGGAGAAGUUCAAGGAGCUGAAGAUGGUAAACGGAGACGUACUGCUGAUGCAACAGUUCAUGCAGAACGUGGCGGGCUUGAAGGCGACGGAGCAGGUGGUGAUGAUGCCAUUCUCGACGAGCUCGGCGCUGGUGAAGCUGUGUGAGUGGGGGGUGUUUGGGGAUUUGGUGGAAGUGGACGCGGGCCACGACUUUCACGCCGCCUGGUCCGACAUCAACGCAGCCUACAAGAUCCUCAAGAGGCCCGGUGGAGUCAUCUUUGGUCAUGACUAUUUCACUUCCGCGGACAGCGGAGGUGUUAGAAGAGCUGUCCAUUUAUUUGCUCGAUUAAAUCAUCUACGAGUUGAAGUCGAUGGCCAGCACUGGGUCAUCCGCCCGCCCACGCCUACCUCUUCCUAAUAUAUAUUUUGUGAUAUGUAUUUAUAUAAUACGUUAUAUAUUAUUAUUAAUAUUUAUUUUUUUUUAUAGGCAUUUGCCAACCAGAGUCAUAUGCAUAUUUGGAUUGGACUUGAUGUAUAAGGCUGUGUGAAUUUUUUCAAUUUAA